CAGUUUCCUGUUCACCAGGGCGUUGACUUUGCUUCUGUGUGUAUUUAUUUUAUUCUCUCUGCUACCUCCUCAAUCUACCUGCUUCCUCUCGCGUGCUGAUCCAGCAUGCAGCCUCUCAGGACGCUCGGCCCUCUCAUGCUCAUGAUUUUACUGUGUGCCAAGAUGACGGUCCCUGUAGUCAUGACCACCCCAGAGGCAACAACACCAACACCGACUUACCCAGAGGUAUCAACAUCAGCCGCCCCCAGAGGUUGCCCUCUCGUAUUGACACCUCCCAAAAUUGUGGUGAAAUUUGGAGAUCCAGCUACAGUGAACUGCAGCACAUCAGCCCCAGAUGCUUAUGUAAUGGGCUGGGAGUCAACAGUAGGAGGCACAGGGGCUGUAAAUCCACCGGCAGUCACCUGGAGGGUUAAAAAACUGGAAGAGUGGACCAUAGAACCUAAGUGUUUCGUCACUACAGAACGGGAGCAGUGCAUUGUGAUGCCAGAGGUCACUCUUUACAAAACUCCCGACAUGGUGUCAAUCUCUGCAAUGAAUCCUGGACCGAUGGUAGAGGGCAAAGACUUUUCCCUGAUAUGUAACAUCUCCAAUGUGGCUCCUGUUGGGAACCUCAAAAUACAGUGGUACAGAGGCGCCAUACAUGUGCACAAGCAAACAAUUAAUAACACCAUUGUGACCCCACUCAGUGUGUCUCCUACCCUGAGAAUCACACCUAGGAGAGGUUUUGACCAAUCAGAGUUUAGAUGCAUUGCUGAGCUUCAUCUUGGACCGUAUGGUCCACGGCCAGUCCCGACUAUGACCUCAUUGCCUUACAUAGCUGAUGUGCACUAUCUCCCCAUUUUCAAGGAAAGUUACAUUAGAGAGAUUACCCUGGCCCAGGGUGAAAAUAUGACUUUUAACUGCACUGCUGAGGGCAACCCUUCCCCUAUGAUGCAAUGGAAGUUCCCCUCUGCAAUGAAUGCGAGAGAGACCACUGGGGGGAAUAUCAGCAUCAUUGGAGCCACGUCUACCAAUGCUGGUGUUUACAUCUGUAAUGCCACGAAUGACAUUGGGACUGUGACAAGAUCUGUCACAGUGAUAAUACUAAGUAAAACUAGUGCGGGUCCCUCAUGGUAUAUAUGGGUUAUUGUUAUUGUUUGUGUGGUUGUCUUGCUCAGCAUCACCGUGGUCAUUCUCCGACAUCGCCUGAAAAAAAUGCCACGGAUGAUAUCCCAAUGACAGAUAAGCCUGAAGCUUAGGAUAUGAAUGACUUGAUGGAUAUCAGUGUGGGGACUGAUAUCUUAAGAAAACAUAUUGUUCUAUCAGCAUGGCAAAAUGGCCUGUAAAUUUUGUAUUUUCUAACCUUUUUUAAAACACAAAAUGUAACUAACUAUAGAGUAAUCUAGUGAAAAUGAUCAGUGAUCAGGCGAAUCCUAACAUUUAUUUUAAUUUGUCAUUCUCUAAAGUCUAACAUAUAUUUUUAUCUUUUUAAAUAAACACAGUAACCUGUA